AGCCUCGGAUCUUUGGGUGGCCGCUGAGCUGCGCGCGCCGCGGGCCCGAUGGCCGAAGCGCCCGUGCGGGCGGCUGGCGCGCGGGGCCGGCGGGGCGAGGGCUGCGCGGUGAGGCUGCUGCGCCCGGAGGACCUGCACGGAAGGCCGGCGCUGGCGAUGGAGGUCUUGCGGGAGCUGGGGAGGCACGGGCGGAAGUCGCGCGCGUUCCACGGCGAUCUGGACCGGCACAGGUGGCUGGAGUCGCCGCACCGGAGCGAGCAGCGGCAGGUAGACGAAGGCGCCCUGCGCUGGGAGCGCGAGCGCGUCCGCCAGGAGUUCGCGUUGCAGUGCCAGCAGGCUCGGGACGACCGAGAUCUCAACGUGUACUCUGGGCGGAAGCGCUUAGACGACCUAUGUUGGGACCAGGUGCUCCUGCACCAUCAUGAGCACUCUGCGACCGCUGUACGCUGCGCGCAAGCCUGUGAGGCCGCACGGUGCGCCGUCGCCGACGCCGGCGAGAGGGCCUGGUCCGCGCGAGAACGCUCGCUCCGCUGCUUAGUGCGUGCCCUCCUCGCUCUCGCUGCCUACCUCGCUCUUGGGCCAUGGCGCGCCUCGGGGUUGUCGCGCGCUGGCAGCUUCGCGGGCACGAAGCAGACCGUGCACGCGCUGCACGCCGUCUGUGUGUUGGCUACCGCGCUGUUCUUCAUCGGCAGCUUUUAUGAUUCCGUCUUUGCCACAAGAGCAGCGCGCAUCAGCUCAUCCGAUCUUCAGCGGGGAAGCGCGGAUCAUCUUCGCGCCGCCGAUGAGGCGAGGCAGGCAAUUUGGGUGCUCGACGAGAGCUUUGCGCAGCUCCAGCAGCGACUGCGAGCCGACAUCAGGGAACUCCAGAAGUCGACGGCAUUGCGCUACGACGCCGCGGUCUUCCGCAUCCGUGGCCAGCACGAGGGCGCGAUGCGGUGGCUCGCCCACCUUGACGGGAGCCUGACUGGAGGUCCUCGGGUGUUUGCCCUGACCCCAUCACGGCCGCCGCGCGCUGGCCGCACGCUGGGGCAGAUCCGGGAGGCGUUCGAGGCGCAGGAGCUCGGCGCGCGGGCGCUGCGCGAGCGGCUCCAGGAGCAGCCGCCUCGACUCCGAGCACGCGCUGCGGCAGCGCGCCUCGCGCUUCCUGGCGCAGCUGGACGCCGAGCGCCUCCGCGCCACCGCCGAGCUGGACGCCGCGGCGGGCGCGCGCGCCGUGCCCGCCAGGCUGUGGCUGCCGGCGCCGGCGCCCUGUCGAGAGGGGGCGCCGCUGGAGCUGCCAGUGCAGCGCUGCCUCGCGUGGCUGGGCUGCCCUGGCGCCUGUGCGCUCGCGGCCGUGUGCCCCGCCGCCGCCUUCGAGGCGGCGCAGCUGCUGCGGCACACGGCGCGCUGCCCGCUCGCUCGGUGCUGCGAGCUGUGCGGCUUCCGGGUGCCGCCGGGCCCGCGGCAGGGGGCCCGGCUGGAGGCGCACCAGCUGUGCUGUGCUCCAUGGCAGGUGGACGGCCUGUUGGUGCGGCACUUCCUGGCGUGCCCCGCGCAGUUGCCCGCCGCCCUCGCGGCGACCGCAGCUCGGGCGGCGGUCGCGGCGGCGGAGUCGGCGGCGCUCGAAGCAGGCGUUGCGCGUGCAUGGGAGGCGGAGCCGGUGUUCAGGGGUAACGUCGAAGCAAGCUUAGGGGGGUGUGUUUCCACCCCCAGCUCCCGAUUCAGGUUGUAUGCUUCCCUCCUCUCACGCCAAGGCACCGGGCAAGGCAUGUCGCAUAUGUAAUUGUUGUCGCUUCGCGAAUCCCCACCAGCCCAUCCAGAAACGAUGCC